GCUAAAGCAGAACUUCUGGCAGAUUAUUUACAAAAGAAUCUUCCUGAUUUUCGGAUGCAUAAAAUUACACAACAUCCUGACAUUUGGGAGGAGUGGCUGAAAGAUGUGUGUGAAAAGAAUAAGUGGAGUCACCAGAAUUCUCCCAUCAUCUGGAGAGAGAUGUUGGAUCGUGGAGGAAAGGGCUUGCUUUUGGGAGGAUAUAAUGAGUUCCUGGAGCAUGCCCAGCUUUACUAUGGUGUCACCUCAAGCAUGACGGCUGAGCUAAUGCAGACAGUUGCCCAAGAGAACCUGGAGACACAUUUGGAAAAAGAGCUGGAGGAAGAAGCCCUGAAAUGUCUCAUCAACCCCUUGCAGGUCUGGAUCACCAGCGCAUCCACUUGUGCCUGCUACCACCUAAUUCCCAUCUUGGCGAGUGGCGAAGUGUUUGGACCGCAUAUGGAAAUUAGCAUAAACCUCUUGGAUAAUAAGCAGGCAGAAGAAAGUCUCAAAAGCCUCGUGACCGAGGCCCAGGACCUGGCAUCGCCCUUCCUCCGGAGCGUCUCGGUCUGCACCCGAGAGGAGGAGGCCUUCCGCCAGGCCCACGUGAUUGUCAUCCUGGACGACAGAGUGGACAAGGACGUGUACAGUUUAGAAGACUGCAUCCGAAGCAGGGCUCCUCCGUGUCAGCGCUACGGAUCCCUGAUUGAGAAAAAUGCUCAUCAUUCCGUCAGAAUCAUCGUGGGAGGAAAAUCCUUUGUGAACCUCAGAACGGUUUUGCUCAUGAGCUACGCCCCAAACUUUGCCCACAACAUUAUCGCUGUGGCCUUGGGGGUGGAAGGCAAAGCGAAGGCCACGCUGGCCAGGAAACUGAAAACAACCCCGUCUUGCAUCAAAGAUGUGAUAAUUUGGGGUAAUAUUAGUGGAAAUAACUAUGUGGAUCUGAGAAAAGCCAAGGUGUAUGGAUAUGAGAGUGCUGUCUGGGGACCUCCUCCCUUUUCACGCCCUAUUUUAAGCCUGAUUUUUGAUAGUGAGUGGGUAAACAGAGAAUUUGUACUAACCCUUAAAAAGUCGACCGCCACAGGAAGACCAUUUGGAGGCAUCUUAACUGCACACAGUAUAGCCACUACGUUGAAAUACUGGUUCCAUGGCUCACCGCCUGGGGAGAUUGUGUCUCUAGGGGUGUUGAGUGAAGGCCAGUUUGGUGUUCCCGAAGGGAUUGUCUUUUCUAUGCCUGUGAAAUUUGAGAAUGGAACUUGGGUGGUUCUUACAGAGCUGGAAGAUAUUGAAUUAAAUGAACAAACAAUAACCAGAAUGACAAGUGAUCUAAUUCAGGAGAAACUUGUUGCACUUGGAGAAUUGAUACAUUUUCAGCCAUAUCAAUCAGAAACUGACUUAGCCAAAGAAGAUGAAGAGACCACCUCACCCACCACAAAUGAAAACCAGGAACAUCAAAAACUCUCAGAUGAACAUAAAGAUUUGUUUGGUGAUCUAAUUCUGGAUGAUGAAAAAGAUCCAGUUGUGUCGGAUGUCCAGCUCUGAAAAGCCACAGAGUCAAGAAAACACAAAUGGCCAUGCCUAAGACAUGGGUCUCGGGGGCCACGUCUGCUCAGAUGUCCUUACCGCCUUGGUCUCAACUGAUUGGGCAGGAAUGGAUGCACCUGACUCAAGGAGAGCCAGUCAGAGUUUUCUCUUGCCAUCUCAAAAAUUUCGAAUGAGAGACAUGGAUGGAUGAGUAAGUUGGUGUCUGAGCAAUGGUAAUGGUAGCUGACAAGAGAAGGCCACCGAGUUCUGCCUCCGAGGUCUUCAGAGCUGGUUGGGUUCACCACCUUCGUAAGACCUGGCUGGGUGUUGUUCUUUCUUGGAUUUGUUUGGUGUAAAUAUCAUUAUAAUAAAUCACCCUUGUACUCCA